GCGAAACAAAACACGAAUCUCACGAGAAACGACACGCCACGGGUAGCCUAAGCUGGUGACGAGACACCGACACAAACCAAAACACACGGAAACGAAACAACAAGACAAGACAAGACACAAACACCCCCGAACCAUCUCAUCUCUACUACCUAUCCAUACAUCGCCACCCAGUCCCCGUCGGGCUAUGAGCGCCGCCCUUUGACCACACACGACACCAUGGUGCGGGUUACGGACGAGCUGGCGCUCUCGCCCGAGCACAUUGCUCUCUACCACGCCCCCGACCCUCUGCUGGGCCAGCUGCCCGUCCUCAUCUUCCACGGGCCCUCGACCACGGCCAACUACACUCUCAACAGCUCCCGCGUCCAGGUCCACGUCUUCACCCCGGCCGGCUUCCAGUCCUUCCCGCGCAUCACGAUAUCCCCCAGCUCGCCCUUCUACAGCGUCGUCAACCACCUGCCGCGUGAGUUCCAGGGCGACGAGGUCUACCGUGGCCUAGCAUUUGGCCUGUUCCGCUACUUCAAGGAGCUGCCUGAAAAUGUAAAGAACCAUCUCAAGGCCGUUUACCCGCCCAAGGGGAAGCGCCCCGGCAGCGCCCCGGCCCUCUUCAGCGAGCAGCACGCCGCCGACCUGGUAAAGGAGAUGGUCAAGAGCGAAAACACCGUCGAUGUCGUUGCCACGCUGGACGAGGCCCUGCAGACGCAACAUAUAAGCAACGUCGACAUUGACCUGCUCCUGCCGCCGGGGUCCAUAGUACCGCCCCAGCCAUCAGAGUUUGAGGAAAUGCCCGACGAUGAAGACGACAUUAUCGACCCGACGCUGCGCCAAUACGGAAUGUACACACCGCUGGUCAAGCUGUUUGGCGAGCCCGUCUUCCUGCCCACCAGCAAGCUGCGGCGCGCGCCCUCCAAGCCCACGCCGCUGAACCGCAACAAGACCUUCACCAAGGACCAAAAGAUUGAGCUGCGCAUGAAGAUGGGCGAGCUCGUCGACACCGAGGAGCGCUAUGUUCUCAAGGUGCAGGAGCUGGUCAAGACGGUGGCCAACGACUUUAGGAACAAGUCAAAAGCCCGGCCCGCCGAGAGUUUGAGUCCGUCCGAGGAGGAGCUAGAGAAGCUGUUCCCCAAGUCAUCAGACGGCAUUCUCCAGGUCAACUCGGCCUUUGUCGAGGAGCUGCGCAAGAUCAUGGACGAGACGGAAGAGGACGCCGUCAAGGAUAUGGAAAUACCUACCAUGACACUCUCGUCAACAAAGGCCCCCAAUAAUCCCACCCGAGUCAAGGAUCCGCUUGGUGCCUUGGCCAUGGCCAAGCUGUUCCUCGAAUGGUUCCCCAAGUUUACCCAGUGCUACCAAGACUACAUCAAGGCUAGUCAGCACUUCCCGACGCUGCUGAAUUCCUUCCUAGACCAGCAAUCGAGUUUCCGACAGCGCGUGAGCCAGGCGGGCGAGCAGACCAUUCGCUCACUCCUCAUUGAGCCCGUCCAGAGGCUGCCGCGUUACAGCCUUCUAAUUGACCAGAUUAUCGCGUCGCUGCCCAUCACACACCCGGCACUGCAGCCCAUGCUCAAGGCACGAGACAUCAUCACCAACAUCUGCUCCAUGGACGAUCCCCUGCCCGACAAGCCACAUGUCGCCAACCGACUUCGAAACAUGGUUGAGGCGUGGCCUGCUGACCUCGAGCCCCAGGGCCGCCUCAUCUUAGCCGCCGACUUUUUGGAGCUCUCACCACCGUACCAGGCUACCGUUGACUCCGACGACGCGGGCAUCUUCCUCUUGUUCUCCGAUUACAUCGUCAUGCUGAGGAAAUCGGGCGACAAUAACAUGACGGGCCGAGAUUUGCUACGUGAGAUCGACAAGCCUUCGGCGGCGGAGCUGCUCAUCUCCAUGACGAACGCUGCCGGUGGCCCGGGCGUGUACGAAUUCAUCUUUACCGGAUGGCAUCACCUUGCCGAUGUUCGCUUUACAGAAUCGGCCGACGGUCACCUCGUCUGGAUGACAUCGAGCGCAGAGAUGAAGGGCAUGCACCCCGGCGAGCACAAGGUCCCCAAGGCCAUCACGUCGCGGUGCUUUUUGCUGCAGGAAGCCUUUGAGGGCAAAGCCGCAAAGUGGAGCGAAGAUGUCGUCAAGGCAAGGAUCGAGGCGCGGUUUUCCGAAACGGAGAGGGAGGACCCUCGCUGGACUUUGCGCUCAGUCCGGAUGCCCGAGAACAACUUGGGUCUGCACGCCGCGAUAUACCAAGAGGGCGCCGAUCAGCUCGUGGAGGGCCGGCGCGAACCCGCUUUUAUCCGCGUGGUGGUGGACCACGAGAAGGGAACUAAGGGAGCUCCAGUCGGCCAUUAUGGCAUCGAGAUUGUCAUCAAUGUGGCGAGCAAGAACAUGAAGAGGAUUUCCCUGCUCACCGUGGGCCUCAAUGGGAAGCAGUACCAAGACGAUGUGGCUCUGGAAGAUUUCCUUCCAACCAUGUCAAGACGAAUAAUGCAGCUCUUGAGCGCCCAGUUCAACGUGUCUAACCGAAAUCUCACGGCCCCCAUGGUCUCCUACAAUUCCAAAACGCUAAGGACGCUAUGUCUGUUUAAUCGUGCAGAAAAGACACGCUCUUUCCUAGCAGCGUCCCCUGUCAAGCUAUUCACCAGCUUAUGGAGUGGCGGUUCCAACAAUGCCUCCGAGACGACUCUUUCCGAAAUCAAGCACCAACACCAACCUUCCAUCCAACGAGCUGACAGCCACCACUCCGUGUAUGGUUCCAUCAGGGGCAGGGACAAUUCGCGCCGGCCAUUGGAAGAGGUCAUGCCAGAAAACCCACUCGUUCGGUUAGAGCAGACUUUUGAGGCCUUCACAACGGCUCUUCAAUACCGAAAGGGCUCUAUUCACGGCAGGACAUUGAUGCACCGCUCCAUGGCCGAUGAACUGCUGGUCAACGACUUGUACAAUCGACUCAUUGAAAAUCCGUCAGAGGUGGAGGUGGCCAACGACGUCGGAACCGAGGUUGUCUUUACAGCUUUUGAGAAUUUUCUCCACAUUGCCUGGGCUGAACAGAUUGGGCCUGUGACGACGAUCAAGAUGCUCGACACUCUACAGGAGCGAGCCAACAAAAGAGUCCCCGGCGAGUUUGCCGACUUUGUCAACUUCUUGUUCAAAGAACUGGCUCCGCAAAACCGAAGGGCGUUUACGGCACUCAUCAAGCUGCUGGCGGAUCUCUUGGACGGCUGUAGCAACGAUAGCGACCGCGGUGCGCUGACCUUGGCGUUUUCGGAGAUGCUAGUUACCGAUGGCACGGCGGCGAAUUACAUCAACCUUCUGGAUCGACUGGUGGACGAUUGCGAUAGGAUAUUUGGCGAGCCCACGUAUGCUGGCUUUAGUUUGGCCGACUUGGCUCUGAUUGAGUCGUUCCAGGCACGCGCCAACGGCGGCCCUGGCCUCGGCAGCGGCAACAAGUCUCACCAGGGAUCCGUGACCUCCAACACAUCGUCUCUGCGCCGCAAAUUCGGGCUGGACAUGCUGCUCCGGCAAAACUCAAACUCCAAGGAGGAGCGCAACUCUGUCUGGAGAAGUCUCGGCAAACACCGGAAUUCGGCGUCAGGCGAGAGCCAGAGCAUGUCUAGGGCGACGAUGCAGCAGGCUCUACGUCAACGGUCGAUAGACGACAACAACAUUUCCAAGAGAUUUACACUGGGCAGGCCGGGAUCCGGAGACAGGGUCCACGUAGCUAGUGCCUUCGAGGAGCUGAACAGACCGCCCAGCGCGCAUCGCCAAGAGUACCCUCUCGACACGAUUGGGGAGCCCGUCUCCGAGCCGCCAACUCCCGGGUCACCGAGGAGACAUGCCAAGAGGAGAAGCUCUCUAUCGGAUCUUCCGUCGCUGAUGGAGACUGAGAGUAUUCAAGAAGAGAGGGAGGCGGAGGAAAGGGAAGAUGCGCUGCAAGUCCUGCAAAACACUUCGGAAAAGGUCAAUGGCAGUCCCAAUGUGAUCCCUGUGAAGACUCCCCUCCUGAGCCCCGACUCGUCACUGCUCAAAUCCCCUCGGCAAAAGGAAAACAUGGGCUCGGUGGACAUUUAUGGCAGUGUCCGGAUCAGAGCAGGCUCGCCAAUCAAGGAGAUUCAAGCCAAGCUGGAACAGGCAAUGCGUGGAAAUUCGCCGACCAGACAGGAUCCGCCCCCUUACAGGAGGCCGAAGCCAACGCACACCAAAACGCUGUCGACGUCAAACAUUCCCACAUUGUUGCCGCCGAAGCCCAUCCGGCCCGGAAGCUCGUCUGGUGAGACCCCGGUGCGAGUGACUAUCAGCCCGACGCGAACCCCCGCACAGAAGCUCCGGCUGCAAUCUCCGCAAAAGCUGCGAGAGCGGCUGCAGACGGAGAAGACUGCUGUGGGAGAAGCAGAUGCCAUGCUGCAGUCGGAGCUGUUCAAGAUUGGCGAGGAAAUGGCUCGAGUGAACAAUGAUAGCUUGACUGAUUCUGAAGCAGCCAGCAUUCAGCUGUUGGCUUCAUCGGUAGCCUCGCUCGAAGACAGGAUGCCCGGUGUAAUGCAGGAGCUGCGUGAUAGACAGGAUGAGCUCCAGCGAGACGUGGAAAUCACUCUCAAGACAACCGAGUCCAAGAUGCGGUCCAUCGACCAACUACACAAAGAGGCCGUGGCAGAAAACGAGCUGCUAUACGAGCGGUUCAAUACCGAGCUCGGAAAGAUUGUCAAGGCGCUCAAGGGCAAGGGCAAAGAAGAUAAAGAAGAGCUGAUUGUCAAGCUCAAAACGCAAGGAGAAGAACUUGCCAAGAUGAAAAAGGAGAAUGCGCGACUGAAGCGCGAAAUGAUUAGCCUGCGGGCAGCGCUGAAGGGGACGACAGAAUAAUGGGUGGGCUAUGCUAUGCUCCCUAAUGAUGCUUGAUACGGCGAUAAUGAGGAGAUUCUAUUCCUGCUUUUUCUUUUCUUUCCUCUUAUUUUGGAGAGGAUUUUGAUUUGAUGCUUUUUUUUUUUUUUGGCUUUUAUGAUGAUGGCA